AAUUCAGGAGAAAUAAGAUUGGAACAAAUUAAGAUAGUUGCAAGGAUGUGUUUCAAGAGGUGACCUGGAUAGAAGAACUUGAGAAAUGAUAGCAGUAAAAAAAAAGUACUUGGGGGAACUCUUAGUACAUAAAACAGUCAGUGGUCUUCCAGAAGGAACACGUCAUCAUCUGCUGCAGACGUCAUGUUGAUGCAAUAAUGCUGUUUUACUAUGAGC